AUGUCUGACGAGUGUGACAAGACUGGCCCCCCAUGGGGCGACCUAGCUGUUGAACAGUACUUUAUUACAAACUGGGACCACUCUUCCGCUGAAACUCCAGACCAGCAGCGGAAAAGACUUGUGGCUGAAUUUCUGGACCUAAAGCUCAUCCCCGCUGAGUGUCAGUCGGUUCACAUCCUCUUUGUCAACUCGUCUACCCCCGAUUUGCCCAGAAUAUAA